UUGCACUUCCCCCCGUAGCGAGGGGUAGCAUGGACCGAACCACCGAGAAGCUUCGGUCCAAACAUGUUCGGACGCUGGAACUUCUCCAAAAGACCCUAGACGAGAAUGCUGAGAUGAAGGACAAGCUGGUCGCCCUGACCAAGUCCUCGUCGGCCUCGUCAUUUCAACUGAGCAUGGGCCAAGGGGUCAGUUUAGCAGACCGGUUGCAGGAGACAGAGCUAGAAUUGGAGCGUUUGAAAGCUCGCCAUGCCAUUGCCUUGCAACAGCAGGCCGAGGCGGCGGCGGAGGCCCUCGAGGCUACCAAACGACUCGUGGAGCAGCAUGUGCUCGACAAAAAGUUCAACAUGACAUCCAACGUCGAAGUGGCCCAGCGAAUCCGGCAACAGGUCGCAGACACCACGGCCGAGUACGACACGGAGCGACGGCACCUCACCCAGGUCAUCCAUACUUUGCAGAGCCAGGUGCAGGAACUGCAGGCGGCCCAGACAGCCACGGUUGCGCUCACAGAGGCGAAGCAGCGAGCCGAGGACAGCGUGUCUCGAUCCAUGGAGGCGAAGCGGGUGGCCGAGGUCGAGUGCGUGCGGCUGACCGACUUGGUCGAGAGGAUGCGAAAAAACGAAAGGACAUAUACCAGCCAAGUGGAGUCGCUCAAAGCGCAAACCCUGGUGUUUGAAGCUGAGCACAACCAAGUCUAUCAAAAACUCGACGCGCGAGACCGCCAAGUUGAAAUGAUGCAGCAAGAGUUGGCCGAAUUGCGGCAGAAGGCGCGAUCGAACGCGGACGCGAUGUCGAUCGAGCUCAAAAUGGCCUCGGAACAAGCCGACAAACUCGUCAAGGCGACCCAGCAACGGACGACGACGAUGGGGGACGACGGCCAGCGGACAAGCAACUUGCUGAGCAACAAUUGCCCCAACGACAGCAGCAGCAGCCACAACCAGUCUCUGGCGCGUGAGAAUCAAACGUUGCGAGACCAAGUGGCCCAGCUCCGCGCCGACCUCGAAACAGUGUGCGCGUCCAAAAGCGGGUUUGCCACGCACGUGGAUUUGAAAAAGGAAAACUUUUUGCUGCGCCAACAAGUCGAGGAAAUGCAAGGGUUGCAGAAAAAGUUUCUCGCAACUGCCAAGAAAACCACCAUCAUGGCGUCGUUCGGCAACCAGCGAGGGUAGACUUCAAUAAUAUGUUGCUGGUGGCAGGACGUUGAAGUUGUUAUUUCCAUCCUGUACACCAGUACAUGUAGUCAAUCUCCAUGAAGGAACGAGAAUACGU